AUGAAAAAUGAAAUGGCGGGGCAUGCUGCUGCUGAUGCUUCGGAUCAUUCCUCGGUGAAUGACGCCGUUCAAACUUUAGCCAAUUCAUACCUCAUGAUGGAGGUGAACCGAGACAAUAUUCAUGGCCUAUUGACUCAACAACAACGGAAACAUAGUAAUUUAGAACACAAACCAUUAUUAAUGUCUAAAGCAUCAACUUUACAGCUUCAACAAGCAUUUGAUAAAGCUCGGAAAUUCAAUCAUCAUCAAGAUCCCAGUGCUCAAAAACACGAAGAAGUAAAACUAGAAGGAAAAGGUUAUUCAAUUGCUUUUAAAAUCCCAAAGGGUGGUUGGCGAGAUCAACAAAAUGAGGAUUUUGAAAAGAGUGCAUCUGUAGAUGCCUGCGCAACAAAGGCUACAGAAAUAAUUGGGGCUGGACUACCAACACGGGUUGUUGAUAUUGACGUGCAAGAGUUUGAUCGAUUAAUGCAAGGGGAAACAGGUAUUACAUUUACAAGUAAAUCAAACCCUGGACAAAUGCCAUUCGAUUCCAUGAAAGAGCGAGAUAAGGCCAUUCAUCAUGCAAUAGAAACACAUAAAGCAAAAUGUGGUACAUUCUUUGUAUUGAUAUUGACUGUUGUUCAAAAAAGGUUUGACCCUUCAAAAAUUCAUGACAUACUUUUACAAGAUUCAGGAUUUGACCAUGAAAUUUUGAAUAGAGUACGAGGAAUGGGAGGAGGUAGUACACCUAGGCACGGAAAAUUGAAAACUGAAAAUUCUUAUGCAUUUCUAUCUGGGUUAUAUAAUGAUUCAGGAGAGAAUAUGGAGAAUGAUCAAAAACGACACGAAAGCCCAAGCGCAAUUCUUUCAAAAGUUCCAACAGCUUCUGACAAAAAAGUUCACAAGAACGCCGAAGAAACAAGCCCUGUUGAUUUCUUGGACAAAAUUCUUUCGUUUAACAUGACACCUGUUACACCUCUAUCAAGAAAUCCUUUUCUUUCUGAAGAUGUAAAAAUGGUGCUGGACAGAGAUCUUGGAGAAGUUGGAAUGGAAGGAUCAAGACACAGAUUUUCCAGAAAUGCAACAGCUAUUCGAAUAUUACUACCAAAGAAGAGAGAAAAAGAAGAGAGUAAGGAAAGACUUUCUGCGAGAGGCAGAAAUGCUGAGAGCAAAAAGAAAAAAUUCACAUCCUCAAAUGCAAAAGAAAAAACUGAAAGCGAGGAAAUUAUACAAACAAGCAAACAGAUCAUAGACAUGAUCAAAUACGAUCCGUCAAAGUCAGGAGAAAAGCUGUUAUCAGAGGUUAUGCCUUCCAUUGAAUACAGUGUUGCAGAAAUGUUGGAAAGAAUUUUGGAAGAUGAGGAAAAACAGCAAGAGGACGAACAAAUGCAAGCUGUGGCGUCCAAGACAUCAAGCUGCAAUAAGGUCGAGCGUCGUGGAUCAAAAUUGGUUUUUGAUGCUAGAGACACUUUCUUCUACGAAAGUGUUGACUCUACUGCAGAAAUGGAGAGAGUAGCACAAAGAGAAGCAUUCAUAAGCAAAGAGUUUCAAGAGUUUAAACCAAAAGAAAUUGAAAGACAAAAAGAACAACUCACUAAUGCAAACAUGAAAAAAGCAAGACUUACAAUCUACAAUUUACAAAAUGUACAUAUGAACAGCGAAUUUCAAGAGUUACUUUCGCCAAAAAGUAAAUCCAUGCAAGACGAAGAAUGGAAAAAGAGAGACAAAGAAAUUUCAGAUCUUUGUGAUACAUUGGAAAAGCUAAUUAUUGAUAUAUGCCACGAGAUGAAACAAUUGAAUGAAAGUAAGCUAAAUAGCUCUAUUACGCCUCAGUAUCAUGAGAUAGAGCGAAUUUCUGAUACUCUAAUUACGUGCUUGAAAAGAAUACCAUUUGACUGGAACUCACGAACAAAACGAGAGUGGGCUCAGGGUGCAGAAGUAUUGUUGAUGUGGCAAAUGAAACUAUCUUCCCCAUUAAACAUCAACAAGGAAGAGCAUGUGAGGGAGUUGGCCAAAUUCUAUGUUAGAAUAUUUUACGAGAAUGAUGUAUUGAUGAAAAAUUUAUUUCUUCAUUACAAGGAAGCGGUUAUUGACGAAAUUAAAAACGGAGAGAAAUACAGGAAGAUGAAAUCAGGAAAUAAUGAUGACAUUUCACUUCCUAAACUAAAUGGAUUCACCGUAUGGAGUGAUAGUACAAAAAGUUCAGAAGUUGAUGAGGUUGACCUAUUUUCUUAUCCACAAUCCUUUGAGCUCCAACGUCAAAGGGUUUCAAACAUCAAGAAGAUGUUAUUUAUCAUCAUUAAUUAUGUAAAUCACUGCAAUUCAUACACCAAGGAUGUGUUUGGAGAUCUUGUCAUGGUUGAAAAAGAUAGAUACCAAAGAAAGGUUUUAAUUCGAAAAGCGACCUUAAAAGAAAGCGGAAAGAAAAAGGAGGUCCAGUCCAUGAUUGAAGAAAGGGGACUAAGUGCGUUUGCCAACAUUUUAAAAUCUACAAGUUGGGAAAAUGUUCCUCACUCGGUUGGCAAAGUCGAGGAGGAAGAGCUUGAUUCUGAAGUUUACGUUCAUAGGGAACGAGAUUUUUACACUUCAGUUUUUAGUAAGGACGUAGAGAAAAUUGUUAAAAACAUUAGAGAAAGUAAGGAAACAAUGAAACUCGUACAUGAGAGCCCAUCUCAACAAAACAUUGAACCUAUCACAACUAGCAAACCCACAAAUGACCAAGAAGAUAUGAUUCAUCUUCACAAAACAUCGUUCAUCAAUGACGAGCAAUUAUCAGAAGAAUCUGCUCUUGAAUUUCAACGGCCAUACCUGUAUCAACCUCCCACUUUAAAAAUGUCAUCUAAAAGCCCUACUCUUCCCAAUAGAGAGAAGAAGACCUUGCCAACACAACCAAACCCAUCUUCCAAAACAAUAGAGGAGAAGCACAACGACAGCAAGAUUAAUACGUUCCAUAACUCGUUUAUGUUCACACCUAGUGAACCAAGUAUUUAUGAUCCAUCAGAAAAUACGUCGUUAUCACUAAAUGCAACACUUGAUCCAAGCCAUACCCUGGACAAUGCCAAACAGAAGAACCAGAUCUCUCAAAAUAUUCAUCCUUUAGAGACCAAUAGCUCUAUCACAAUGAACACCUUGGAUGAUUCAUUUCAUAAAGAAAUAAUGGAAGACAUGUUCGGAAAGGAAAGACAAGUGUUGUUGAGCCCACAACCUGAGUCUCCUGAAGAAAUUAGGAAUCAACGUGCAUCAACACAAAGUCCAAUCACUAGUGACCAUGUGAGUCUUCACUCUCUUGAAUCCUCAAUGGGAAGAAGCACGAGAAUGAAUUCACCGAUAGUGGAGUUUCCAGAACCGAGAAAAGUGACUGGUCUUCGCUUUGACACUAGGAGCCUCUCACCCAGCACAACUCCAAAGCUCAAAAAGGAUAAAGAGCAAGAUCAGAAACCAAUCCAACUGAACGUAACUGAUCCAAAGCAUGUAUAUGAUAUUGAUGAACCAGAGAUGCUCAAUAAUAAGGUUGAGCAAAAGCAGGAAAUAGUAACAAUUCCUGCUCCAAAAAUUCAAAAUCAGUCGGUGCUGUCUACAACUUUUUCACUUCUAAAUGAAUCGCUUGCUCCAAAUGAAGAAAAAAAAGAGAAUAAGAAUAUCAACAAAAGUGGAAGACAAUCGUCACAGAAAUUUGGGACAAAACGUAUCACACCUGAAGUGACAUCUAUUCAUGAAACCAAAUCAAAGAAUUUAAGGAAAUACUCUCGACAAAAAAAAAUCAACACAAAAAGCGUAGACAGCACAGAAAAUGUCAGCACCAAGUCUUCCAACAUGAGUGUGCAAGAUUUUACUCCCACAAGGACUGCAUCUCCUAUUUCAGCUCAUGAUUUACAUCAAUUAACUAUUUCUUUGGCACACUUUGAUGAUAAUGUAAGGCCAUUAUCUUCAAGAUCAUCCAAUUACGUUGCCCUCAAAGAUGAUAGUCCAAAGAGUGCAAGGUCUACCACAAGUGUUGAGAAAAAGAAUAAGCAUUCAGGAAAGUGGAUGGUGAAAUCAAAUGUUUUUCAAACAUUUUUCGAUACUCCUCUUCAUGUGUCCGAAGAUUUGCAAGAGACUAAAAAGAAAGAUGACAUACCCGAUGAUAAAUUUGAUAGUGUCACGUUGUUGGAGAAGUUGGAACAAACUUGGGACGAGCUACUCAUUCCAGCGGCUACCAAAAUGAAGCUCUAUCAAAAGUACAGCUCCUCAAAGUAUAUUGGCAAUGUUAAUUUAAUGAGAGAUGCUGUCAAAACAUGGAAAUUGGGAGCUUCAGCAGUAAUUGCUAGGGAAUCCAUUUUGCUUCAAAUGCAGGAAUAUGAGAAGAACUUGGCACAAUCUGCAUCAAAACUGCCAUCAUUUUCUGAUAAGAUUCAAGAACAGAAGAUGCGAUCGAACCUAUUCAAGAGACUUAGUGUGAUUGCUUCAGAAUGUGAAAAGAUUAAUAGAAAGCUUAAGAAAGAUCACGAUGAUCAAUUGAUGUACAAGAGCAAUUGCACCUAUGUAGAUAAGAUGAAACGUGAUUACUUGUCCAUCAUAGCUGGUAUUGAAGCUCUUGCAGAGGAAAUUCAACCUGUAGAUUUCGACGUUGUUUCUCCUCGUUCCUUAAACAACAAUAAGAAAAAUGCAUCUGUAACUAAAAUCGACCUCAUUCUCAGUUAUGACAAGAAUAGAUGA